UUUUUUUUCCACUUGGGAUUGCCUUCCAUCGCCCCAUGAUAAUGACCAAAAACCUCAUGCCUAUAACAAUGCUGUCGUACGCGGGCUGCAGCUUGCUGAUCCUCUCCGCGUCUCUCGGCUGUGCCUCCCUGGCCGAGAUGGUGUUCCGCUGCCCGGGCUGCACCGCGGAGCGCCAGGCGCUGUGCCCACAGCUCACCGAGACUUGCACGGAGAUAGUGCGCGAGCCGGGCUGCGGGUGCUGCCCCGUGUGCGCCCGGCAGGAGGGCGAGAUGUGCGGCGUGUACACCCCGAGGUGCUCCACCGGUCUGCGGUGCUACCCGACGCCCGACUCGGAGCUUCCCCUGGAGCAACUGGUGCAGGGCCAGGGGCAGUGCCGGCGCAAAGUGGACACCGAAACGACCACUUACAGCCAGGAGCACCGGGAGCAAACCAGCGGUGAGGCUGUGGAGCUGCUGCCUGAGCAGGGUGUGAGUGAGAUCCCGGCCAUCCGGAAGCCCAGCAAAGAGACCACCUGGCUGGGACCCAAAGAGAGCGCUGUACGCCAGCACAGGCAGGAGAUGAAGACCAAGAUGAAGACCAACAAGGUGGAGGAGGUGAGGCCUGCACGGCCCAAACAGACUCAGUGUCAGCAGGAGCUCGACCAGAUCCUGGAGAGGAUAUCCAAGAUGCCCUUCAGAGAUAACCGAGGUCCGCUGGAAGACCUGUACGCCCUGCACAUCCCCAACUGUGACAAGAGGGGGCAGUAUAACCUCAAACAGUGCAAGAUGUCUCUGCACGGUCAGAGGGGCGAGUGCUGGUGCGUCAACCCGCACACCGGCCGGCCCAUCCCAUCAGCCCCCACUGUGAGGGGAGACCCCAACUGCAGCCAGUACCUCACAGAGCUGGAGCUGGAGCUCCCUGACAUGGCCCAGAUAUAGUGUGGCAUGAAAAGUAAAAGAAAAACAAAAAAAAAAAAACUGUAAAGUACAUGGGAACAAAGAACAUCUGAGUAAGCUAUAUAUUAUCUUUCUGUGUGUUUGUGUCUCUAGUUCAUUUGAUGACAGUGACAUUUGAAAUCUUAACCACCAAAAA